AACUCCGCGAGCCUGAGGAGUUGGGUGCGUGGAUGCACACGUGGGAGGAACCUGGGGCUGUCUGCACAUGCACGCAGCAAGCCUCGCCCACCGGCUCUGGAGCUUAAUUCCUGGAGGCUUUGAUGAUGGAGGGAUGGGACGAGAUAUGGAUGGCCCGGGAUGGACGGGUGGACGCUGGCAUCGACGGGUUCGUCCUUAAUCAAGGUGAGGCUUCAUCGCGGCGGAGGCGGAGCGCGGACGCUUCUGGUCGGCUCCCCGCGGCUUCAGUCGGGCGAGCGCUCGCUGGCGCAACACCACUGCGCCGGCCUCGUGAUGGCGGAAUUGGGCAUCGUGGUUGGGCGAUGGACAAGUUCCGUAGUUGCGACGUGUGUGUGUUGGUCGCUAAACUAUCCCGCCUACACGUACGUCAUUGCACGGAGCCCAUCCCCGCAUGCCUCUCACAAGCCGGGCGCCCAUGGUCGGAGUCGUUCACCGGGGGCGCAGCUCCACGUGCUUUGGGCUGCUAUUAUCCGCCGCCGGCGCGUUGAUGCUUUGGCCGUCGGCUCCAGAGGGAGGCAUCGUCGAAUCGCUCUCGCGAAUUGUUGUGUGAGUAAGACAGGUUACGUUCGUGCUCUCUUCCGCCACCUAGAUUGUCUCUGCGAUAACCACCACGUUGCCAUUCCCCCCACAACCUACGGCUCAAUCGCCUUGCCUCGGGUUUCAAGCUCGGAUUGAUAAUCAACUGCGGCUGGAGUUGGACAGAUGAUCAACCUUCUUCAUCCACAUCAUCAUCAUCCUCGCUUGGCAUGGGUCGGCUAGCUUGCUUCCUCACGCUUGCAGAGAGAACGUCAUCCAGACGUUGAUAAGUACCUAGAAACUGUCUUGUGUGUCUCGCAAGCUAAUGUACUAAACG